AUGCUAGCUAACUCUGAAACACCUCGUCCACUUCCGCCAGCCAAAGCCAGAAGAGCGUCUGCAUUGCUCAAGGCCUCCGCUACACCUCCGCCAGCGUACGGAACUCCUUUCUUGCUCAAUGGCCAUGAGAGGAAGAGAAGGGACAUUUUAGGGUCACCUAUGACGAGCACGUUUCAGCUGGUCGGGUGGGAUGCGGACCCUGAUGAUCAGCAGUUGCCCUCACCCCCACCUGAAAGUGAGGACUGGAUGAACGAGAAGUCGCGCGAGGAGCUUCAGGAGCUCUUGGUCAAAGCAGACGCAAUUAUCAAACAGAGGGAGAAUGAACUUGGGAUUACCAGUGCUGUUUGUAAAGGUCUUUAUCAGAGUAAUGUGGAAUUAAAGUCGAAGCAUCAGGCUAUGCUCGCUCGUAUACCUGUUUCACCUACGCGGUCAAACUCAUCACCUGAAAGUCUGUCCAAGAUGACACUGUGCAAUAGCAACACUAGCAUGGUUUCGUCUACCUCGGAAGCAGCUCUCAUCAAGUCGCCGAAACGAUCUUUCUACAGGCACACGCGCCGAGUGUCUAUUGCAUCCGCUGACAUAUCUCUGCUAGAAGACCAAAACGCGAAAUUGUUGGACAAACUUGAGAAGCUGGAAGCCGAAUCUGUCUCUGCUGACCUGGCUGGACGACGGGAGUUGAAGAGGUUGGAGAAGGAGAUUACGUUCCUCCGAGAAGCUCUGGAGAAAACCCAAGCAAAGAGCGAAGAGCUAGAGGAGAAGGUCCAAGGGGCAGUUGUGGGCGAAGCCUGGAGACGGAAAAAGGAGAGAGAGGCAAAGUUCAGGGCGAUGCGGAACCUUGGGCGCGAUGACUCCUUUGAUGGCGAAGAGCCUAUAAGAAAUUUUGCUCCAGAGGGUUCCAGGCACGGUGGUCCGUCGGAUGGCUUCUCAUUCUUUCCAACUUCUUCCAGUCCUAAUCCUAAUCGACAACUGAAAGCUUCUUCUGGAUCUGAUGACAACUCGACUGCCAUCCCACCUUCUCUCGCCCAACCGGAACACGCGUUAAUUUCACAAUUACUGAUCAAGGUGCAGGAAUUGGAGGAGACAAAUGCACGGAUUUUGCAGCAACAGUCAGAUACCGCCGAACAGUUGUCGGCCGUUCAACGUGACACUGCGCAUAUUACAAAGGUCUACGAAACACUUGCAGAUCCAAACUCCACAGAACUGGAGCUCGACCAUGACAUCGACGAGUGUCACGAACAGGAGGAAUCGAAUGCAGACGAUGAGGAAGAGAAACCCUUGAAAUUCUCAAGUCUGAGAAGAACCAUAGAGAGCGAAGAAUACUUGGAAGGGACUUGUAUUGUCCGCCCUCAGUUAGGCGUGUCGACGGGCAAGAAACGAGCAAGCGUUAUGGGUUUGUUCGACGAACCCGAAGUUCCUAUAUCUGAGGACUUUUCCCAUGGAGAUAGCUCUUCUUCGCUCCAUAAGGAUAAUCCUAUGCACAAUCAAGACCAGUCAUCAGCAUCAUGGAUGGAUGAGCAGGGUCAUUCGACAUUGCCGUCCAUUACAACUGCAUCAGCAGCAGCAGGACUUGCAUCCCCUCUGGCACCUGGUGUACUUUCUCCUCUUCACUUCUUUUCACCCGCGGCGAAUGCACCUCCUGAGUUGUCUCCGGUAAAUUCGCGCCAUACCCUACAGCACGAGCUGGACAAAGAACUCGGUAACACGGCCUGGGAGCUGCAUGGUCCCCCCAAUAACCACCUCCUCCAUAUGCGUACAUUGAGCUUGUACGACUUGAGUCAGAUAUCUGCUCCACCCACUCCCUCUCCUCUUUCACGGACGUCAACACUUUCUCUCUCACACAAAUUAGCGAAUGACAACGCAAGUGGGUUAAGGCCUUUUUAUGACGAUAGUGGUCUUAGUAUCAGGGAUGGGACAACCCCACGAACACCACCUUUGCUAGCAUCCGCGAACUCCUUGAGGCUGUCAGUGGAGCCUCCUACGCCGAAUAGAUUUGAUUCUGUUGGUAACAAUGCCAGUGUACGAGGAGUUUACUCGCUCAACGACACGCGGUCGCCGCGUAUGCAAAUGAUGUCAGACACAUUGCGUUCGCGUACUAACCGUUGGGUCGAUCGGCGGUUUGUAAUCCAACGCCAGUACGAAGACGACGCGAAUGAAGGUGACAUCGAAAAUGAGGAUGAGGAAGAGGAUGAUCAGAAGACUUUGUCUACGUCGAGGCCACCGUCUCCUUUGGAUCUCACAAUUGGGAUCCCAAGCCGAUUGUCGCAUGCCGUAGACUCAAUGAUAGAUGGGUUUAAUUCUUUUUCCGUAACUUCAACUGGAAACAACGACACCGACGCCGACGAUGAUGAUGUUGCCCCAUUUACUGCCAUCACUCCACUGCGUCGCCGUCGCCCUGGACAUAUUAGGGAGAGGUCCGUGCUCCUUCAUGCAGGCACCUCACCGGAGAAGAAAGAGGAAGAAAAGCGCAACUCGGGCAUCUUACUCCAGGUCUGGCUAUGGUUGCAAUUUGCUAUCGUAGUUUUUGUGUUCUUGUACGCAAUGGCCAGGAGAGGACCUGCGAAGGUCCUGACGGAUGACCACAAGCGGGCAGUAGCACGUAGACGUUAG